AUGUCGCCAGCUACGAGAGACAUCCUAGGCAAGGUGCGCCAGAUGGUGCCACCCAUGCUAGAGAGAUUUCACAAAGGUCAACUGGGUCGUGUUGCUGUCAUUGGCGGUAGCGAAGACUACACCGGUGCUCCAUAUUUCUCUGCUAUGGCGAGUGCUCGUCUAGGCUGCGAUAUGUCCCACCUCAUCUGUACCCCCGGCGCCGCCGCUGUGAUCAAGACCUACAGCCCGAACAUAAUGGUACACCCGCUGAUGCGGCAAUCGCCCUCUCCCUCGUCCCCGUCCCCUCCGGCGUCCGAGACCGACCCAGGCCAGAUCUCCAGCAAGAUUAUCGAGAUGCUGCCACGGCUACACGUGCUAGUCAUCGGCCCAGGACUCGGUCGUGAUCCGCUCAUGCAAGAGACGUGCGCCAAGGUGCUGGCGGCGGCGCGCGAGCGCAAGAUGCCCGUGGUUCUGGAUGCGGACGCACUGGCCAUUGUGAUAAGCAAGCCUGAGCUCGUCAAGGGUUGGCGCGAGGUCGUGCUCACGCCCAAUGUCGUCGAGUUUGGCCGCCUCUGGAAAGGUGUCAAGUCCGAGGACGCCAAGGGCGGCGGCGCUGAAUCGUCUGCACAGGUCGAGGAGCUGUGCAAGGCGCUUGACGGUGUCACUAUCGUACAGAAGGGCGGCAAGGACUUCAUCAGCAAUGGCGAGACCACCCUCACUGUCGACCUCAAGGGCGGCCUGAAGCGGAGUGGCGGCCAAGGCGAUACGCUGACGGGCAGCAUUGCAACGUUCCUCGGCUGGCGUGCGGCAUACCUUGAAGGCCUUUGGGACCACGGCGGACACUUGAAGGAGGAGGAGAUGCUGGGUCUGGCGGCCUUUGGUGGUGCGGCUAUCACGAGAGAAUGCUCUCGUCUUGCUUUCGAGCAGAAGGGCAGAAGUCUCCAGGCCAGCGACCUGACAGAACAGGUUCACAUCGCGUUCAACAACCUAAUUGGCGAGCCAAGCAGCUAG